AUGUCAGACAACGGUGUUGCAGCAGAAGAUGAGCGCUCUCAGAUCAAGGACGAAGGUGGAGAUGAUGAAGAAGAAAUAUCAGCGAUGAAGAGACGGGUAGCCGAGAUGGAAGCCGAGGCAGCGAAACUGCGGGAAAUGCAAGCAUCGCUGGAUCAGCAGGACAAUGACUUGCGAGAGGACAAGGAAGAUAUCGAUGCGCGCAGUAUCUUCGUCGGCAACGUUGAUUACGGCGCGUCGCCAGAGGAGAUCCAGGCACAUUUCCAGAGCUGUGGCUCUAUCAACAGGGUCACUAUCCUGCUGGACAAGUUCACUGGACAUCCCAAAGGCUAUGCGUACGUAGAAUUCACGGAGCCCAAUCUUGUUGCGCAAGCUCUGGUGCUUAACGAGAGCAUGUUCAGAGGCAGGAAUCUAAAGGUUGUCCCCAAGCGAACUAACUUACCGGGCAUGACUCGCGGUGGUCGCGGCGGUGGGCGUGCAGCAGGACCUCCUCGUGGUCGAGGUGGAUUCGGGCGAGGGGGUAAUGAUAGAGGAGGAGGGUAUGAUCGUGGAUAUUCCCCUAGAGGCGGAUAUCGUGGAGGAUAUCGAGGUCGACCUAGGGGCUACGCUCCAUACUGA